AUGGCGGGCGGGAGCGGGCGGCGGCGGGCGCUGCUGGCGGCGGGCCUGGCCGCGGUGGCCGCGCUGCUGGCGGUGCUGGCCGCCGUGCUGCUCCGCGCCUACGUGCUGCGGGCCCCGGCCGUGCCGCGGCUCUGGGCCCGCCGCGGAGCCCCCGCCGCCUUCGGUGCCGGCGAGAGGCUGGAGCUCAAGGCGGCGCUGCGAGGUGCCAUUAAAAUCCCAACUGUUUCCGUAUCUCCAGAGGACUUGAAUACAACUGCCAUGGCAGAGUUUGGGAAUUACAUUCGGAAAGUCUUCCCAGCUGUGUUUUCUUCAGAGUUCAUCCAACAUGAAACUGUUGGUGACUACAGCCAUCUCUUUACUGUCCAGGGUUCUAACCCUCAAAUGAUGCCCUACAUGCUGCUUGCACACAUGGAUGUUGUGCCUGCUCCCCCGGAGGGUUGGGAAUUCCCUCCUUUCUCAGCUGCAGAGCAUGAAGGAUUCAUCUAUGGACGAGGAACUCUGGAUAACAAAAACUCUGCCAUAGGGAUUCUGCAAGCUCUGGAGUUUUUGCUGCGAAGAAAUUACAGACCCCAGAGAUCUUUCUAUGUUGGUAUUGGCCAUGAUGAAGAGGUGUUUGGUCGGAAGGGAGCGAUGGAGAUGGCAGCUCUGUUGGAAGCACGAGGAGUGAAGCUCUGCUUCUUGCUGGAUGAGGGCAGUGCCAUACUAGAUGGCAUCGUCACAGGGGUGAAGAAGCCAGUAGCUGUAAUUGCUAUCACAGAAAAGGGCUCAAUAACACUGAACUUCACUGUGGAAAAAGAGCCAGGACAUUCAUCCUUUCCUCCAAAGGAGACAAGUAUUGGCAUUCUUGCAGCAGCAAUGACCAGACUGGAGCAGAAUCCCUUGCGGAACCUGUUUGGCCAUGGGCCAGAACUCAUGACUAUGGAGCACCUCGCAUCAGAGUUCACGUUUCCCCUCAAUCUCAUCAUGAGCAAUCUGUGGCUGUUUUCCCCUGUUGUCAGCAGAGUUCUUGCCUGGAAACCUUCCACCAAUGCCUUGAUUCGAACGACGACAGCAGUGACAAUGUUUAACGCAGGAAUCAAGCUAAAUGUCAUCCCAUCUUCUGCAAAAGCAACUGUGAACUUCCGCAUCCACUCUGCAGAGAAGGCCACCGAGGUGCUAGAGACAGUUAGAAACAUCAUUGCUGACGACAGAGUGAAGAUUGAUGUUGUGGAGGCGUUUGACCCACUGCCCACCAGUCCUUGGGAUGACCAGUCAUUUGGAGUCCAUAUUUUCCAAAGGACCAUUCUGGAUACUUUCCCAGAUGUUGACAGUGUAGUCCCAGGCACGUGCAUCGGGAACACGGACAGCAGACACUUCACUAACAUCACAAACGCUAUUUACCGCUUCAACCCGCUGCUCCUGAGCUCAGAUGAUCUCCCCAGGAUCCAUGGGUUGAAUGAGAGGAUCUCAGUUGAGGGUUACGAGAAGCAGGUCGAGUUCCUCUUCCAGCUCAUUCAGAACUGUGACACUGAGAAGCUGCCGGAGCCUCACGCCAGCUCCCACGAGCUGUGAGGAGCACCCCUGAGAAGAGCAACUAUUGAGGUGGAUGAGGGGAUGGAGGGGUCUGUGCUUGUGUUUCAUACUAAGCUGCAUCUGGACUUUGGGGAUUGUAUAUUGUGAUUUCCAUACAGAUGGAAAAACUGCUGGUUCCUGCUUUAGGUUGUGGUUUGCUGGACACAACACAACAACUGACCCUGAUUCCUGCUCCUCCUGUGACUUCCAGCCACUAAUAAUGGUAUUAAUUUUUUCAGCACUUUCUUUAAGCCUCUGAAAUUGGCAGUCACUUAAAUCUGAGCUAUGAUCAGCAGUCACUCACCUGCCAGUAAAAGAGGUGAAUCUUCUGCGGGUGCUUUUGUUAACUCAUUUGAUGCAGUUAAUGGAUUCCUCACAGAUGCUGUGUGUGUCAGCUCACAUGGAGGGGUUGUGCCACGCUGCGGGUUUCAUGUGUUUGGCAGAGUUACUCCAAGGGUUUGCAGCCCUGCUGCUUGGUGGGGGCUUCUUCCCCAGGUGAUGCUUUCAGCCAGUGGUAACUUGCUCCCCCUGCGUUCUCCCAUGCGUGCACUGAUUUCUGCCUCUAGUUUAAAAUGAAACUGAGCUCUGGAAGUCCCAGUGAGUUGCUUUAACUGUUGUCGCCCUGAUCUCAUAGGAGCUGAAAGCUUUUCUGUCUCUUCAAUGACUUUGUGUCUGUCUCUCACUCCUUGGCAUGGCCAUGGGUGUGUUGUGUGGUGGGUGGUGGAGCGAGGAAUAGCAAACUGCAUCACUGUUGUCUGCUCCUGAAUCACCUUCUGCAGUGUGUGUUUCUCUUGCUCCUGUGAGAACUUGCUUGGGAAGGCUGGUGAAGCCCUUCAGUUUCUUCAGUGCAGCAGGAACCUUUGUUCCUUCACUGCCUGUGCCAGCAGUUUCACUUAGUGCCGCAAUUCUGUUGACUCAGCUCUUUGGGACUCCUGGUGUAGACAUUUGAUGUUGCCUGUUUCAUCUUGCACUAGCACUAGUCUUUGUUAGCACUAAAAGCUUAAGCAUUCUUUUGGCCUUCAGAGUCUCUUUAGUUGAGGUUACCGUUAUUCAUUAAACAAAGAAUUAACAACUAGAUGUGAGCCAAAGAUGAGAGUGGGUGAAAGCUGACCUGCAGGUACUAGUGCAGCUCCUCCUGUUGCACUGCUGCAGAGAUGUGUCUCUCUUUCAGAACUUGAAUUAUACACUGGAAUGGGUGGUGGUUCUGCUCUAAAUUCAUAGUGUAAAAGGUACUGGAAUGUACAGGAAAAACCCCGAAGUGUAUCCUGAAAAGUAGUGAUGGAACUGUAAUUCCUGUUCUUUCCAUCCCCCAUUCUCUUAUUUAUUUGCAGUCUGAUCUUAUCAGCCAAUGAGCUCGAGCUGUAUCCAUCUGCUAAAUCACUGAAACCACACUGGCAUUUUCAUCUAACAAAACAAGGAAUGCAGACUC